UCAAACAGCUGUACAGAGCUGUCAAAACAAAACUGAAUGUUAAAUUAAGCAAGCAGUUAAACAACAAAGUAAUAAACUACUAAGCGCGUUCUUAAUAAUUAGUGAUACUAAUAUUAUUGUUUGCUAGAUGUUUUCUUCCAUAUUUCCGUAGAACCUUCAACGAUGCCUCUGGAUUUAAUUGAAGUUCCCAGCACAGUGAACGCAAGCCACGAUGGUGAGAUGAUGGACUACAAGCAUAUUAUCGCAACCACAGCUUCCAUCAGCACUAUCCUCCAGUUUCUCUCAGGAAUAUUGGUUUGUCGAAAAUUUAUGAAAAAGGGCACAACAAAUGAAGUCUCUUCUUUUCAUUUUGUUGCAGGCUUCUUGUCGUGUGGGCUGUGGCUUAACUAUGGAAUAAUGAUCAAUGACAGCAGUCUUAUCCUAGUCAAUGCUGUUGGUGCAAUUCUAUUCAUGUGUUACAUUCUCCUCUUCUUCUCCUAUACACUCAGGAAGACAACCGUAGUGAAACAGGUGUUAUGGGUGGUGACCGUGAUGGUGCUGGUACGGAUGUACGGAGCAUGGCUAGGUGAGGUGGCACAAGCUAAGGUCCAUCUUGGCUAUAUCGCCUGCUGUACCUCGCUCAUGUUCUUCGGCGCACCACUGGCCAACUUGGCGUACGUGUUAAGGGUAAAAAGCGCAGAAAGCCUCCCGUUUCCGAUGAUUGUGAUGACAUUCAUCGUAUCAUUGCAGUGGCUACUUUACGGUAUCAUUUUAGAAAACCCCAUUAUACAGUACCCGAAUAUCAUCGGUUGUGUGUUAAGCCUUCUUCAGCUGUCUCUGUUUGUGGUGUUCCCCGGUCGGUGAGCUGGCGACAAUGUUACACUUCUCCAAUGUUCUGUGAUACUCUGCAGGAGGGGCUCCGCAAUAUCCGUGCUCUUGUACCGCUAGUCUCUUACAGUAUUUGUCAUAUUGUUACGGGUAAUCUGACAUUUAUUUAUUUUUUGAAAGUUCUGGAAAAAUGGGAGGAAUUAUUUUUGUCCUAACAACUGGAUUGGAUUGAUUUAAACGUAAUUAAUUUGCGUUUUACAUUGUAGAACCUUGUACAUUUGUAUCCCUUUGACACAUAUUAGCUUUAAAGUUAACUUUUUAUGCUUUUAAUAUAUUUUAAUUUAAUUUAUUCAUUCUCUUAGUGUCGCUGUUCAAUAAAUCGGACCACAAACGACUUACAAAAACAGCCUUGAUCCAAUAUAUAGUUAUUUUUGUUGUUUUUUUUUACUACCAACCAUCCAAAUGCUGUGAAGUUACAUGAAACAACUCAGUAUUAAUUAUGCUGGACAGGACAUUUUUUUUAUAGUUGCUUUGCUUAACUAAGUCCUUACAUUAAGGCAAAUUUGUUCAAAACUCUUGGGCUCAGAAGCCCUCCCUAACACUUAACCUGGGGACCAACGGCUUAAAGGUGACUUCCGAACCACCACCAACGGCCGGGCAGGCGGGCUGCUUGCAAGGACAGGAUCGCUCAGCGGUCACCCAUCCAAGCAGCAGCCACAAUCGACGUUGCUUGAUUUGGUUAUCUCGCGAUAGCCGCCGCACUCACUACACUGCGCCAAUGGCUAUUACAAACAUUACCAAAUACAUGCAGAGUAACAUAAACAUUUUAUGGCUUGUAAUUUUGUUACUGUAGUCAAUCCUGAGGGGAAUUAAAUUACUGUAACAUACAUUUUUACACAACACAUAA